GAACUGUUCGUUUAAUACAAAUCUAAACGACAACAAACCAAACAAAAGGAGUGAGCAGGGAUCUUAGCCGAGCAGAGACCAACCAAGACUGUGUGAUUAGCAGCUACCUGAGGACACAGGACCCACCAGAGGACACAGGACCCAGCAGAGGAGACGUUUUAACAGGCGGAGGUCACAGUGUUGAGAUCGUUGGCUAGAAUCACAUCGCGGCGGAAUGACGGAAAAUCCCGAAUUGUCGACGCCCAUCGGAGGGCGAUACUGCGAUCUGGGUAUGGAGGGGUCACUGUGUAACGAGUCCUCCCCCCUGGAGGACCAUGGACCUCCGCUGUUGGUGGACGCCUGGCUGGUGCCCGUCUUCUUCGGGCUGAUCAUGCUGGUGGGGCUGGUGGGCAACUCACUGGUCAUACACGUGAUCACCAAGCACCAGCAGAUGAAGACGGUCACCAACUUCUACAUAGUAAAUCUGGCAACCACAGACAUCCUGUUCCUGGUGUGCUGUGUGCCUUUCACAGCCACGCUCUAUCCGCUGCCCAGCUGGGUGUUUGGCGAGUUCAUGUGCCGAUUAGUCAGCUACCUUCAACAAGUGACCGCCCAGGCCACCUGUAUUACACUGUCGGCCAUGAGUGUGGAUCGUUGCUAUGUAACCGUCUACCCUCUGCAGUCGUUACUACACCGGACACCACGCAUGGCCGUGAUGGUCUCAGUAUCCAUCUGGAUUGGUUCCCUGGUCCUCUCGGUCCCGGUGCCGCUGUACCAGCGCCUGGAGGCGGGGUUCUGGUUUGGCCCACAGACCUACUGCAGCGAGGCCUUCCCCUCGCUCCACCUCCAGAAGGCCUUCAUCCUCUACAGCUUCCUGGCCGUGUACCUCCUCCCGCUGGUCACCAUCAGCGCCUGCUACGCCUUCAUGCUCCAGCGCAUGGGUCAGCCCAGGGUGCAGCCCAUGGAUGGGAACUACCAGCUGCAGGCCCAGGAGGUGCGCGCGGCCUCGGUGAGGGCGCGUGUGUCUCGGAUGGUCAUGGUGAUGGUGGCUCUGUUCACCGUGUGCUGGGGUCCCAUUCAGAUCUGCAUCCUGCUGCAAGCCUUCAGGCCUCAGCUCCGCAGCUACUCUCUCUACAAGGUGAAGAUCUGGGCCCACUGCAUGUCUUACUCCAACUCCUCUGUCAACCCCGUGGUCUACGCCUUCAUGGGAAACAACUUCAGGAAGGCCUUCAAGCAGGCGUUCCCCUCCGUGUUCCUGAAGCGAGGUGGAGGGAGGACAAAGGAGCAGGCAGCGGAGACCGAGGGCGGUGGAGAGAUGGAAGGGCAGCUGGAGGGGGGUGGAGAGAUCCAAAGGCAGCCCCCCACCAGGGACAUAGAGAUCCAAAGGCAGCCCCCCACCAGGGACAUAGAGAUGCAAAGGCAACCCCCCACCAGGGACAUACAGAUGCACUUUCUUUCAUCUGGACCCUGAAGGCCAGUGAUCUGUUAUUGACACAGGGCUACACCUUUGUUAUUCAUUUAUGUUUUUCCCGCUGAGCUCACAAACACACAGACACGUAUGAUGCCACAACUUCAAUCAGAAUGGACUGAUGUGCACCGAGCUGCUUUUGUACCCGUAAAAAUGGCAGAUUACUUGGUAGAGACCAAACCAACUGUGCUUAUAAGUCGAUACGUGCCAAAUAUAGACUCUUGAGGGAACACAAGCACCGGUGUAUCUGGGCUCUUCGAGAGUGUCAGGUGACCUGAAUAUGCCUCACAUGACCUCGACAGAACUCCUCCCCUCUGCAGAGGGGGUCACCAGCCUUCUUCAGUCACCCCACCUCUGACCUCUGAGCCUAGCGUUGACCCAAACAGGUAGACCUUAUCCACGCAUUAGCCAGUCAUGAGCCUUUUAUUAAACACCAUCAGUUAUGGCUGUAAGAGACUGCUGUUGAUUGUGUCUGUGUUUCUCCAUGCCAGAGUUUGGAUGCUGUGUCUUGUAGAAUUCCCUUUGUGAGAGGAACUUCGUACUGACAUUGACACGCUCUGUGUUUGUAUUUGGGGUUUAUUUUGUGAUCAGUUUUAAGCUGUAGUCUGGUCUUUUCUUCAAACAGAUCUGUUGAGGAUUUCCAAAUGAUCAGGUUGUUGUUGUUUGAUCUACUGAUUUCACUGGAUUAAAGCUGCAGACGAUUUUGGUACAAAACUAGGCUAUUUGAUA